ACACCGGGGUUAGCUUUAUCCAUUACUCCCAAACCAAUAUAAAUAAAUGUAGCAUUUCAACUCUUGGGAAUUGAAAACAAAGCAUCAACAAGCUAACAAACAACAAAAAGAGAGAGAGAGAGAGAGAGAGAAAGGAACAAGCUUCUGAUCAAUGGCGUCAAGGAAGAGUUUUCUUUCCAAGCCCAGUCGUUACAUCUUUCCGACAACCUCCGACACCCAUUUGAGCCAAACCCAAGAGAGCAUGUUCGAGUUGGACGAGGCCGACUUGUGGAACCACUACUCUUCCGCCACGGAUCACAUCAAAAAGGGGUUACCCUCUUCGGGUUCGCGAUCUGUUCCGAAGCGAGCUUCGAGGAAUAACAGCAACAAGGUCGAUGGAGGAGGGAGAGACAGAGUGCCCACAGCGUCGUCAUUGCCCGUUAACGUACCCGAUUGGUCCAAGAUCUUGAAGGAGGACUACAAGGACCACCCCCGGUGGGAGAGUGACGAAGAAGAUGAAAACUUUGGUGGUGAUGAAUCAAACCAAGGGCAACAAGGGCUUAGGAUUAGGGUACCCCCUCAUGAAUAUCUCGCCAGGACAAGAGGGGCUUCUCUGUCGGUGCAUGAAGGGAUUGGAAGGACUCUGAAAGGCAGGGAUUUGCGCAGUGUCAGAAAUGCCAUUUGGAAGAAAGUGGGCUUCGAAGAUUAAUCAUAGUUAGUGAUUAAUGGGUGUUAGAGUUAGGUUUCAUUCAUCUUUCAUCUAAUCAUAGUAUAUAUAUAUAUAGAGAGAGAGAGAGAAGAUAUGGAUCGGAUUCCAUAUUUGCAGUAGGUUUUCUUUUUUAAAAAUCUUGGUUAAGGGCGAUAACCAUAACCAUAACUUACUUUAGUGACAGCUAGUUAAAGAUAGCAGUAGCUAUAUGGUGUGGAUGAAUGAUCUCAUGAUCCUAUAGGAAGGGACUUAAUUUUUUGGUUUUCUUCUUUUUAAUGUUGACUCUUAUUGUUGUACUGAGAAAGGAGAUGAGAUGAGAUGAUGAUGAUCCUCAUUUUAGGUGUCUACUGUUUUUGAAGAAGGGCCACCACUUCUGAUGUUUUUUUGCCAUAUUUAUGAAUAGUGUUUUUGGGUUUCGUGGAUUUA